AUGGCACCCUCCGACAGCAUCUUCAAAAUGCUCGACAUGCACGGCAAGACCGUCAUCAUCACCGGCGGCUCCGGAGGCAUUGGCUACCAGAUCGCCCGUGGCCUCGCAGAAGCCGGCGCCGACAUUGCCCUCUGGUACAAUCGCUCCACCAGCGCCCACGAACAAGCAGCAACACUAGCCAGUGACUUCAACAUCAAAGCCAAAGCAUACCAAUGCUUCGUGCAAGACUUCAACUCCGUCCAGUCCACCAUCAACACCGUCGUGGCUGAUUUCGGACACGUAGACGUCAUGAUCGCCAAUGCGGGCGUCCCCUCCAAAGCGGGGGGUCUUGACGAUCGUCUCGAGGACUGGAAUCGCGUCGUGGACAUCGACUUUUCCGGUGCUUACUACUGUGCCCGUGUUGCGGGGGAUAUCUUCCGGAAACAGGGAAAGGGGAAUCUCAUCUUCACGGCGUCCAUGUCGGGGCAUGCUGUCAACGUUCCCCAGCAGCAGGCCUGCUACAACGCCUGCAAAGCGGGCAUAAUCCAGCUCUCCAAGUCCCUCGCCGUGGAAUGGGCGUCCUUUGCACGCGUCAACAGUGUCAGUCCAGGCUACAUCGACACGGCGAUCAGCGGGGACUGUCCCGCUGCGAUGAAAGAGGAGUGGUUUUCGCUGACUCCGUUGAAGCGGGAUGGGGAUCCGAGAGAAUUGAAGGGUGUGUAUCUUUAUUUGGCGAGUGAGGCAAGCUCGUAUACGACUGGUGCUGACUUUGUGGUUGAUGGGGGGUAUACUGCUAGAUAG